AAAAGUGAAAAUUGUUUAUAAAGUGUUUGUUGUUGCUGAUUAUUUAUAAUGUUUAUUUUGGAAAUGUAUUUAAAUUACAAAAAGUCAGCUUUAAAGAGCAUAAUCCAGAAGUGUAUAAAGUGUAUGUUUCUUACAGAAAAGUAAAAGUAGUUAUAAAAUUUGGAAAUGUAUGACAAGAGACAAACGUCUGGAAAUAUUAUUGUAACGAACUAUUUGGAAAACCAGGAAAACUAUUUCGGUCUAUUUGGUCUACUUUAAAAAUUAUAAAUAUCAGUCUACAAGUGAGUUAAACAGCAUGUUUCCUGUCGAGAUUAUUCCGUACACAGUACACUCAAUUGAGUCGAGGUGGUAGAAGCCUUCCAACGACAGUGAAAACUUACGAAAAUGACACUGUAGUGUUACCAUCAUGCAAUGAAUACGCUUUAUUCAAUGAACAUUUAGAACUACCGACAAGAGUAAUGUGGUGGCGAGAUGGAUUAUUGCUCGUUGAUAGUGAUGACACAAAUGUUGUACCACCUGAGCGGGUAAGAUUGUGGAACAAUGGGAGCCUCGAGGUCUAUCGAGUACAACAAAAAGAUACCGGUGAAUACAAAUGCAAUGCUUCUCGUCCUGCACCCUGGGGUGGUGUCAUUCAAAUUCAUGCCAUUGAAGUGAUGUAUCCACCCAGUGUCCACCCACUUCCAGAAUCUGGAGAGCUCGAAAUCAAUUUAGGGGAAACAGUCGAUAUGGCAUGUGUUGCCAAAGGUAUCCCUGUACCAAUCAUCUCUUGGAAAUUUAAAGGUGAGGUGAUUCCACUGCUCGACCACAGAGAUCGUCUUCGAUUUAGAACUGACAACAUUAAUCAAACCGGACGUUAUUCUUGUGAAGCAGACAAUGGAGUGGGAGAUCCGGCUCUUGCUACUAUUGAUCUCCGAAUUCGAUAUAAACCAAUAAUAGAAGUAAGGAAGACGUGGAUUCACGCAUCUCCUGGGAUACGUGUGCAAUUUGAUUGCAGGGUCAGUGCUUGGCCCGAGGCGAAGGUGGAAUGGUAUUUUAAGGACGUGAAAGUGCCAUAUUCGCAGAGAGUAGUGAAGCAGACGAAUGAAAAUGUUCACAGUUUAAUUAUAAGACAAGUGGUAAUUUAUGACUACGGACAGUACACUUGCAAUGCGACAAACUCUUUGGGUUCGGCGGAAACUGUCAUUGAAUUAUCGGGUGUAGCAAAUCCGGCUAUUUUCAAAAAGGAAUCACACGCAAUUUCCAAAACUGCUUAUAACUUCAUUUGGGAAGUUGAUAGCUACAGUUCCAUUAUCGAAUAUCAAUUUUGGUUUCGGCGGUAUAAGAAAGGUGAGGACUGGGUGAAAUUAUUCGUUCCAAGUGGAAGUAACGCCAUCGGACCAUUGCAUACAAGAUCUUUCAACUUGACUGGAUUACAGCAAGGAACUCUCUACGAAGCUCUAGUUUCAUCAAGAAAUCGUGAUGGAUGGAGUAAACCUUCAAAACUUUUUAUAUUUACAACUGACGAUACAUACGAAAAUAAAGCUGAUGAAUAUGCAAGGACAAAAGUUCAAGACGAUAAAUUAAUUCCAGUGGUUCAUCUCGCUUCAAUGUCACAACAAUCUUCAAUGAAUGAUGCAACUGCCAAUGGAACGAAUUCCUACCACGUGAAUAUUUUCAUAACAAUUUUAUCAAUUUUUAUUUGUUUAAGUCAAUGAAUUUUUAUAGAAACCGAUAAAUUUCUAAUAUCAAUUUGUUUUUAAUAGUAUUUCGUGAAUUUUGUUAAAGUUUUAAUAUUUGUAUUCAAGCGAAAAGAAAUCAAUUUUAAGAAACGUUAUAAAAAUUUUGACAUUAAACACGGAAUAUUCUAUUGAUAUUCCUUGAACAUUCCACUGUACGCAGAGUAUUUGUAAUUUCUUUUUAGAAAUAUUUAAUUCCUAUAGAUAUUUUCAGCAAAAAUUUUAUUAA